UAACCGCGAUUUGAUUGGCCAAGGAAAGAUCGUGAUGGCUGGUGGUGGCGUGGGCGAUGAUAUAGCCAGCGCGCUGGGCGGUGUGGUUAGUGAUGAUCGAGACCUUCCCCCGUGCAACACAGCAGGAGGAGGUAAGCAGGACCUCUCAUUGUUGUCCCCGCGUGACACGAGUAACCGUCAACACACGCGCAGCGCCACCGCGGGGCUGAAACGUGUUGCGUGUCUUGAGAAGCGCGCAGCGGGAAGGCAGCAGACGGCAACCGCCAUCGAAAGACUCGGCGAGCCACGAGACGCGCGAGUUGUCUCCCUUGACUGUAACGACUUGACGUCUGCCAUGGGGGGCGGACGACGACCGCUGCUACACAAGAGCUACAGCGUCGCCUGCGACGUCGACAUGCACGAGCACGGGUGCCACGGCCCCUCCAGCAAACAGCCGCGCAUGCUCGCAGCAAGUCUGUUCUCCCAUCACGAUGCCUCGGCCUUCUUUCCAUCCACCCCCAGACCACGCAAGUCUUCAUCUGUAUCCUCUCUGUCUGACGAGAUCGCAGACAGGGAUUCGAACCGUCCCCAACCACUCCCGUCGGAAACAGCUGUCAGAAUUUUAUGGCGAUCGGAAAGUGUGGGAUUUGAACCGCAUACCACACCGUUGGAGCUCCAAGACCAGCCACCCAUCCUUGCCAAGCAAAGAAGAACGAUGGCAGCAGACGGACGAUGUCCGAGUAUGGACAGCCACACGGAGGGUGGGAUGGCCUGGAGGAGAGCAGACUCGGACAGUGACCAAUGUGUGUGUGGACAUGCAAAAAAAGAGAUUUCUCUUGGCUGUCAUGUGACUCCUUCGUCACCUGUCCACAGGCAGAUCAAUCGUCGCCGUAGUUACCAGGAGACAGACGCUUCCGGUUCAAGGCAGCGUACGUUGACUUCGAGGGACGGUGACACUCGGGGGCGGAGUGUAGACCGGGAGGCGGGUCGGUCUGGCAGUGAUGACAGCGGCAGCAACACCGCAGACAGCGACGACUCAUCGACAACAACAGCAACUCCAUCGUCGCCCAAAGAACAAAGGAUGGACAUAGACAGCUUUGAUCCGUAUCGGAUAUUCGAGGUUCAACACCUGCCGUGUAUGAUCCUCACCGUGCAUAUCAUACGAGGACGAAAUAUCACCAACGGGUGGAUGCAAGAUAUGAUCGAUACUCCAGACCCAUAUGUGUUGCUGAGGAUGAAGACGGCGCCAGAAGGUCGCCAGAGAAGCCGGACAAUCGACAACAACUGUAACCCAGUGUGGGACGAAAAAUUCAACUUUUACCUCAGCUUGUCCGAAACCAAUGUUCUUGAGAUCACGCUGAUGGAGGCCAAUAUGUUCAGCCUGGACCAGAACAUGGGGACUGUCUUCUUUAAUGUGGAAAACGUGAAGGAGUUCGGGCGAUGGCAGACUGAAGUCUUCAACUUCAAUGGAGCUUCAGAAGUGGAUAUCAGCUUUUACUUAGAGUGGGACCAAAAGCCCACCUUGCGAUACAGCCUGUGCCUCAGUGACCAGGAGAAGGACUUCAUGAAGAAGCGGAAAGAACAGGUUUUUGAGGGGCUGAGGAAAUUGCUCGGGGACCAAGGGCCCAAGACAUUGGAUGAGGUGCCCAACAUUGCCGUGAUAGGGUCUGGCGGGGGCUUCCGUGCGAUGACCGGCUUCAGCGGCGCCUUCAAGGCUCUGGGGGACAGCGGCCUCCUGGACUGCACCAUGUACGCCUGCGGCCUGUCCGGCUCGUCCUGGUACUUGUCCACCCUCUACUCACACCCGAGGUGGCCCGAUAUGAACCUUGGCGACCUUCAGAAUGAGCUCAAGCACAACAUCGACAAGAGUCUGCUGCGCCUGUGCAACAGCGUCUUCCGCUACAUGGGGAACAUCCUGGCCAAGCGGCGCAAAGGUCAACCAAUCAGCUUCACAGAUUUUUUCGGACACAUGGUCGGCGAAACGCUUCUCAAGGGGCGUCUCGACAGCAAACUGACUGACCAGAGAGAAAAGAUUCGAGAUGCCAAAGUUCCAAUGCCUCUGUACACAUGUGUGCACGUAAAGAAAGAUGUCCCGGAGCGCUCAUUUCAAGAGUGGGUAGAGUUUUCUCCCUACGAGAUCGGCAUGCCCAAGUAUGGCACAUUCAUGGACUCGGAACUGUUCGGCAGCAAAUUCUUCAUGGGGAAAUUGGUUCGGAAAUUCGACGAGCAACCACUUCAUUUUCUGCAAGGUAUCUGGGGCAGCGCCUUCUGCAUCCUUUUCAAACGACUCCUGGAGGACAACCGGCGGCUGGACCCUGUGGAGAUGAUUCGGCUGGAGAUGACGAAGGAGCUGGAGAAGGAACAAGACCAGAAUGACGAUGAUGACCUGAGCGACGACAGUGAGAAUGAAGAUGACAUUGAGGCUUGCGAUGACGAUGGUGAUAACGAAGCCAGCCAGGAGAAGAUGAUGUUUACUGACCUCGCCAGCGAUGAGGGAAGCGAUGACUCAACGACAGCAAGUUUGGACUCAAGCGAUGCCUCCAGCGAUGGCCAAGUUAACACAGUGAAUGUGGCGCCUCUUGGGGAAUCUACCCAGGAUGUGGAUGAAGUUGACACCUGCAGUCCUCCUCCGCUACACGAAGGGGAUUUGGGUCCUGAAGUCCAUCUUGGCAGUCCGACACCAACGUCCCCUGAGGGUCAGAAGAAGGGUGUGAGGUUUUCGGAGGGGGUGGACCUUCUGGAGGAGCGCAAAGCUCGCAGACAGGAGCGAGGUGGGGACAGACCCCUGCUGCAAAAACACCCACAAAAGCCGGCUUUGAAGAAAAUGGCGAGCCAGCGGUCAGGGAAGAGCCGCAGCUACUGGAGUGAAAUAUUAAGAGGCAUCUUUGAAAACAAAAAUCUUGCGCUGCUGAGCACUCGCGCUGGCCGGGCGGCUGUGAUCCACAACUUCAUGCGAGGCUUGUCCCUCCAGCAGACCUACCCUCUUUCGCCUUUCACCCCCUUGAACGAGCGCGUGCAGGAAGGGGACGAGUUCGACGCCAUCUUUGAAAUGCACCCGACAAACGUCAAACAGAUUUACAUGGUGGACGCCGGCCUGACCUUUAACUCGCCCUUCCCGCUCGUCUUGCGACCUCAACGGGACAUCGAUGUUAUUUUGUCCUUCGACUUCAGCGCCAGGCCCAGCGACAACACGCCACCUUUCAAGGAACUGCUACUCGCCGAGAAAUGGGCUCGUCUGAAUCGCCUGCCCUUUCCACCCAUCGACCCGGAUGUUGUCAACAGUAACGAAGUGAAGGAGAUGUAUGUCUUCAAGCAUCCGACUGACCCCCGCUGCCCCAUAGUCCUGCACUUCUCCCUGGUCAACAGCAACUUCAGGCACUACAAAGAACCCGGUGUGCCUCGGGAAUCAGAAGAUGAAUUCAGUUUUGCUGACUUUUCCAUCUUUGACGACCCCUCCACACCCUACUCGACCUUUAACUUCACGUACACGCACACUCAGUUCGAGCGGUUGACUAAGCUGACAGAGUUCAACACCCUCAACAACCUGGCCGCCAUCAGGCAGGUGCUUGCCGAGGCGGUAGCGAACAGGCGAGACAACCCUCGACGCAUUUCACUCAAUCCCUGUGACGUCAAGCUGAUCAGAAUGAAGAGUGUGCAAGAGAGACGAAAAAUUCGAAAAUUCCUUCGAAAGAUGGAGAGCAGGAGUCAGACUCGAACUCCCUCCCACUCCCCCAGCACUCCUCCCUCUGCUUUCUUCACUCCUUUGACCUCUGACCCCAAAUCCAAGAGAAAUCCAUUCGUCUUUAACGUCAAGAAAAGUACUUCGUCCGAUUCCGCAGACAGCCUGGAGAAUCCAUUCUUCAAGACAUCGCAGGAGGGGCACGAGUGCCUCCCCCGACCCCGCAGUGACACGCAAAGGCAGAGGAAUGGCGGGACUACACAGCUUCCUUCAGAGUCUGAAAAUGCAGUCUCACACCCAUCUCGACCCAGCGUAUCGUUGGACAGUCCAGAUGGGGUCUUUCUUCCAUCCUCACCUCACUACCCGCAAUUCCCUCAGGUUGGUCCUUCCACCCAGCCUUCAAAAACUUCUGACAGUGUCACUGAACGCGACUCGGGUGUCUUGGAAAACAGUCAUCGGGGUUCUCAGAGAGCGGGCGUCCACCAAAACUCCGAGGGAGAGCCAGAAGGCGAGGACCCGGAGGAGUUCCACGAUGCCCCGGCAGCGUUCACCCGUGACGGAGUACCCGUGAUUGACCCUGUAACAGCCAAGAUGCACUAUCCUGAAACUCAGCGACGACGACGGCUGCUUCGCCGACAAAGCACCAUCACCAGCCUAAACAGCAUCACAGAGUCCAUAUCUCUGGAUUCUAAACAGCCAACUCAAGAUGUGAGCAGUCAGUCGUCGGUAUCCAGCAUGGAGGGCCUGGAUCAGCCUGAAAGCAUCAGUGUUUCCGAUCUUAGCGAGUUUGAGGGAACCGAGGACGAUGUCAUCGUUACAAACGACGACGAUCAUCAGCUUCAAAUACAGACUGGCCAGCACGAACAUGGCAGGUGAUCACGUGACAUUGUUUCCUUUGGACAAAUGAUGAAUUCCUGUUGGCAAUGAAGAUGCUACCUGUUCACCCUAUCGCCCCGAGGCGCAAGCAGGCGAGGUCAGCAAGAGGUCAAGGGUUAACUGCGCAGUAAAUGCAAGUUGCCAGUUCUGGCUAGCCCUCACAUCUUUUUAAACAGAUUUGUGAUGUUCUGUCGCAUUCACUCAAAUCCUUCAUGGACAUCGUAUACUCCAUUAGAUAUUAUAGUGGAGCAUCCUUUAAAAACAUUGUGGCUGGCUCACGAGUACCUGACCCUUGUCUUUCAUGCUGUGUGCUAACCGGUGAGAAUAUGAACGACAAUGAAAGAAUGAUAAAAUUCAAACAUGUUCUGUUCAACAUGGAUAACAAAAAGUAUUUAUUAUAAUGAACCAGCUGAUCUCAUCAGCAAACGAAGGAAGAUUGUUUUUAGAAUUAUCCUAACGGAUAAUAAUAAUAUCAAUAAAUGCGUGAUUCGUAUACCGCAUACUCUGAGCCCUUGAGACAAGACCAGACAUAGACAACAAAGAAAAGAAGGAUGAACAACAAGAGGAUAAAAUUUGAGGUAGCUUACAAUCGUAAGCAUAAUUCAAACAGUUACAUUUAAAAAAAACAUGAUGCUUCACGAAAGUUGACAAAUUUGAAUCAUUUUCAGCUCAGACUGUUUGUGAUCUUUUAAAACUUCCAGAAGUUAUUUGCUUUAUUACUGAUUAUGUUUCUGUUUACUUUAUAUAAGUGUAUGUGGCUGGAAUGGAAUGGACUGAGUAAACAACAUUUAAGUGAUAUUAUAUAAGCUUAAUAUGUUUUGAGACUUUUACUGUACACCAGCGAUCUGUGUCUCAUUGAGCCACUCCUCAUCAAGAGUUUAUGUUCUCAUCUGGAAUAUUCGACAGCGGUGUAAGCAAUGACAAUGACUACUUACCUCCUUAAAGUAUUCGUCAUCCAACACUCAUCCUGCAACACCUGUAAGAGAUGGAAAUGGUGAGGACAUCAAUUCACGAGUACUCAAACAACUUACUUUAUUUUUUUUGCUGAAAUUUCCUUGUUUUCGCUUUUUAAUUUUAAAAUAAAAUCCAUCCAGUAUAAUAUUCGUGGUUUUAACGGGUGUGUGCAAUAACAUUCGUAUUGUAAGUAAUAAUAAAAUCUGAUUGAAGACAUUGUUGAAAGCAUGAUUUUAAAAGGUAUAAAUAAAGUAAAUUGAAGAAAG